AUGCCAAACGCAAGGAUUGCUCUUCCUGAAAGUGCAGACACCGUCUUUGGAAUAAUCAAAAGAGGAGAAACUGGACUACUUACAAGACAGUAUCUUCAGGAACUCGGAAAACUCAAGGAGGAACUUUGGGAUCACUUCGCAAAAGCUUAUUUCCAAGCUCUCAAGGAUUACAACCCAAAGAAAGUUGCACACUCACGACUUCGUGCAAAACCAGAACAAGUUGUCUUGGUUGAAACUGAGAACCAGCAGAGACAAAAAUGGCCUGCCAACUACAAAAAUGAAGACCUUAACUUGCUACAUAUGGUUAUAACAAAAUCAAAUUUUUACAGUAAUCAAAAAAAACCGUAA